GGUCAGAUAAAAGAUGGCGCUGCGCUCGAAAGAAAAAAUUGUCAACAGAGGCCGCCAUCUUGAACGACGCACUUGAGAACGGGACCACGGCGGGUAGAUUGAAUAUAUGGCUUAUUUAGAAAAGUACUACCACGACAGGUGAUAAUAAACAUGAGUCAGUACAUUCAGGUGGCCGAGGAAGAGGGAGAGGAACCGAUGGAAGUGCCCAGUGAGGAAGACGGUACUCUUCUUCUGUCCACACUGUCUGCACAGUUCCCUGGAGCUUGUGGGUUAAAAUAUCGCAACCCUGACACGGGUUCUAUGCGAGGAAUACGACUGGCAGACGGCCGACUUUAUCCGCCGGAUGUGGAGUGGUCAAACAGAAUUUAUGUUGCCGUGUUUCCAAAGACUGAAAAUAAGAAGAAGACCGGAAGCACAGCAUCUGGAAGUAAUGCCUCUGUCAGUAGUCCGGAUGAACAGGAAGGAGGGCUCUACAAAUCUAAAAAGUAUGAGAGACAGCGCUGCAGUGACCUCAUUGUGCUGGGACUGCCAUGGAAAAGCACAGAAGAAGACUUACGGAAAUAUUUUUCACAGUUUGGUGAACUCCUGAUGGUUCAGGUUAAAGUUGAUCCUAAGACACGGCAGUCCAAGGGCUUUGGGUUCAUACGAUUUGCUGAUUAUGAUUCCCAGUUCAAAUGCAUGUCACAACGUCAUAUGAUAGAUGGCAGGUGGUGCGAUGUCCGCAUUCCAAACUCCAAGGAAGGUGCACAACAGAUAAUGAACAGAAAAGUAUUUGUGGGUCGAUGCACAGAAGACAUGACUGCAGAAGAUUUGAGAAAUUAUUUUGGCAAGUAUGGAGAAGUAGUCGAUGUCUUUAUUCCCAAGCCCUUCCGUGCGUUUGCAUUUGUAACUUUUGCUGACCCUGAAGUGUCACAGAACUUGUGUGGAGAAGAUCACAUCAUUAAGGGUGCAAGUGUCCACAUCAGUAGCGCUGCUCCUAAGAAUUACGAUCGUCACAAUGACAAAAAAUCAACCAGCCCCCACCAGCUUGGCUACACACAAGCAUAUCCCCCAAAUCCAUGGAGCCAGGGACCCCGAGGAACCACCCAACCCAUGCAUAACCAAGGGACCCCCAUGGCACAGGGCAGCUUACCAAACAAUCUAGGACUUGGUAAUCUGAAUCUAGGUGCCCUUCAAUUUAACCCAGCAAUGCUUGCUGCUGCACAGGCCAUGCUGAGUGGUCAAGGUGGAUGGGGACCUGUUGGCCUGGUCAGUCAAGGCAGUAACCCCCCAGCUGGAGGGACUGUCACUCCUGUAACCACCAACAUCACAGGAGGGGAAACAUCCAGUCAGGCUAGUGUCCAAAGCUUUGGCAGUAUAGGCAGUGGGUCAGGAGGUACAGUGGGAACUGCACCACCUAUACCUAACAACAAUAGUUUCCUAGGGUGGGGGAGUUCCCAAGUGUCUGCUUCAGAAACCGGAGGCAGCCCAGGUGUGGGGGGUUGGGGGACACCCCAUAGUAAACCCAGUGGUGCAUGGAAUUAACAAGAUGUGUGAUUGGUAGGGAGAAAAGGAUCAUUUGUUGAUAAAUCAUAUAUGUAGGCAAUUGAUGUAAAAGAUAUAUAUGUAUGUUGAUAUGAAGUCAAAUAGAUGGGUCAUUUAUCAAACUUUAUUAUGCACAAUUCAUCUGAACUCAGAUUGGCAUAGAAGAUUUGAUUUAAUAUCUGCUCUGGUGAUGGUGUGUCAAUGAUUGCAAAUGGGCAUGAUGGUGAUGAUUUUCAUUCAUGACUAGAGACAAUCUAGAUGAUUUUUUGUAUAUAUUUAGGUUGAUAAAUGAUCCUAACUAUGUAAACAUGAGCAUCUUGUAAAUAUAGCAUUUUGAUGGGAAGAAUGUGUCGAUCGUGCCAGUGAUUCCCCCGACCCAAUCUCUGGGAUAGUGCUGUUGUAUGGGUUACUCCCCUUGAUAUGAUUGUUAGAGGUGGCUGAAGUUUUAAAUGAUCUUGAAACAGUAAGAGAGUCAAUAUUCACAAUGCAGAGACUAUUGCAGUGAGAUGGAAAUCUUAAAGAGAAAUGAAUAUCGUUUUUUACUCGUCAACCAAAUCUAAAGCAUGAAAAUAUCUAAUAAAUGUACCGGAAUUGGAAAUCAGGAGAUGGGUGUUUAUAUGAUUAACAUAUGUGUGUACCCACGCAUAAGUAAGAUUUUUUGGGAGUUUGAUUUAUGUCGCAGUCACUAUAUGUGCCCGACCUGUAAGAGGAAAUUUUUCUCAGCAACAAAUUAUGGUUGUUAUAGGAUCAAAGUUGAUUUUCCAAAGAAGUGUAAAGCCUAACUUGUAUUAGAGAGUGAAUAGCAGUCUGUAUGACAAAAUAUGACUUUUAUUUGCUGAAAAGAAAUAUAUUAACAUCAUUACAUGUAAUUGAAAAACAUACUAUAAGCGAUGAUCUAUUCUAGUGAAAAUUUGAUCCAAUUUACAAACAAGUCUGAAAGAUUCCUCCAAAAUACCCGAAAUAUACCACCAACUUAUGAAUUGACCACUUUAUAUACGAGUAUGUACAGUAGUUAUAGAGGAAAGAUGUUCUUAAUUGCUUUAAUGCUGUUUAAAAUGAAUAAGGAAGGUACAUUUAGUACAGGAAAGGUACAUUUAGUACAAUCAUAGAUUAAAUCCAUCAUGCAUACAUGUACCAGCUUCAUUUUCAUAUACCUAAAUCACAGAAAUAUCUCUGCUAAUCAUAGUGACAACUGAACUGCUUUUCAAUGUCGGACAAAAUAAAAUUGUUUAUUUUUUGUAAACAAAAGUAACAGGAAUAAUAGUAAUAACUCAAAUUGUGCCAUAGUCCAACUAUUUGAUAAAGAAAGAGACAGUGCAUAGACCGAGGCGUAUGGACAAUUGAUGAAGCAAAUGUGCACAAGGAAUUAUUUGUCUGUGACAGUUACAUAUUGUAGAUAUAAAUCGGUUAUCAUGGCAAAAUGGGAGAUCUUCCGUGGAGAAAAUGGCUGACAUUCAAAUCAUGUUACAACUGAGCUGCAUUAGUUUUAUAACGUGUAGAGUAGUGAAGAUUGGAGAUGAAUUGUAAAAUAAUGAAAUGUUAGAUUGUAAUGUAUAACUCACUUCAUUACUAGACUUUGUGUACAGAAAUUGGUGUGAUGAUUGCUUGUGCUUAUUGUAGUGUGGGGCAGUAGAUGUGUUUAUUCUCUGGUUCUGUGUUGAAAUUGUACACUGUAAUUCAAGUUCUAUUGAACUCCGUGAAUGAAUUUUAUUUAUAAACUAGAUAAUCAUUAUUUAACAUGCCCAAUUUUGGUAAAGAUACAAUUCGAUGGGCAGUAAAGAACUUGUUUUUGGACAACCUGAUCUGUUACAUCAUACGUUUCUAGAUUUUCCCCCUGGACUUUGUAGAUUUUUUUUUCUCUUUCUAGAUUUUGACCAUGUGUAUGUCAGUUAUUUUGUCUGUUUAAUUUAUUGAAUAAAUAUUUUUUUAAAGAUGUACAAAAUAGUAGCUUUGUUUCAAUAUAGAUGUUUGGAUGUACCAAGUGUGUUGGCUAUUCCAUAAUGUGUUACUAUCCUGUCUGUAGCGAGGUGUGACAUUUUUUGUCAUUUUAUGCAAGGUGUUAAAAGCAUAUUUAAGAAUGUGUGAACUUUAAAUAGAUUGUAAGGUGUAGAGAUUUAUUCCUAUUUCUGGUGUGAAUGUCCCCAUUAGAUUUUUAUGUGAAUACAUAUAAAUGUUCCAAAUCAAUGUAAAGUAUAUCAUACAUGAAUUCAUGGUUUGCUGGUAUGUUGUAAUGAAUUUUAAAAGGUUUUUCAUGAAAUAUAACAUGAGAAUUUAACCGCUUUUUCACUAAAUAAUUUAAAUAGCAAACAGAAAAUUAAACAUUUUUGUCAUUCUGGCAGUAGAGAUGAUAGACCAUUUGCUGAAAAUAGCAAUAUGACUGGAGCAUUGCUCAUAGUUGAGCAAAGCUGUUUUAAAUUUAUUAGUGUUGAAGUGCUAUGUGUAGCUACCACUGGGUGUAAAGUCAUUUUUAUUAUAAAGCAUUUGUUCUUUUUUCAAAGCUGUGAGGAAAUUCAAAAAUAGAGACUGACAAAUUUUUAGAUAAGGUAGUGAGAGCUAUAUCUCAGCAUUACAUAAUUUAGACAGAAAUGUGAGAAAAGACUGCAUAUGGUGUGAUCCUUAUUUGUCCCUAACAGGUAACAUUUACUCUUAAAUUUUAGAAACAAAAGUUUCUUUAUUCUGAUGAAGGGUGGACAUUUGAUGGGGGUGGGGGCAUAUUAGGUUUAAACCAUAUACAGUCCUUUGAAGAUUUUUGUACAUGUGAGAAUGUAUAUUUCAUAACAUAAACAUGGUUUGUUAACGGUGUAAUUUAAGUAAAAUGAUGGUAUAUCACAAUUUGCAGAAAACACAUUGUAUAUUGUGCACAAAGCAUUCUUGCUGGUAGGUUUGAUAAAAGUUGUUUGGGGUGUCUGUUUUUAUUCUGUAGAUUGUAAUUAAUACUGCAUAAUGCUGUUAUUUGUUGUUAAUUCGGUACAUAAACUGAACGUUGAGAAAGGGUUGGAAUGUAGAGGGCUAGCUAUGUGUUUGAGAAGAUUUAUGAUGACUCUAUAUUUAUACGUCUCUUGAAACUUGUAAAAAUGUUUUCAACUGAGGUUUUGAAUGAUUUGGAAAAUAAGAGGUAUUUUAUAUACAUGAACAGUAUGAAAUUUCGUGUUCAUAAUAAAACCAAACUGUUAAUGAUUUCAAGGCAGCAAAACACAGCUUGAAUGAGGUGGAUAUAUAGAAAUAUGAAAGGUUUUUAUCAUCUUUUGUUCUUGUUGGAGUGCUUAACAAACCUAGCUUAUCGCUACAGCAUAAAAUUUAAAUCAAGUCCAUAUCACAAGUAACAACAGGUUUUAAAUUUCUUGUGUAGAUUUUUUUGUUCUACAGUGAAAGUCACUGUAAAAUACUCACUUUUUUAAGUUAUGCAUUCCGAAUUUUUGGAUAGCACCCCCCCCCCCCCCCCCCCCCUUUAAAGAAAAAUUAAUUUUUCUUCUUUAAUAAAAUUUUUUUUAUCUCAAAGUGAGAACAAAAUUGGACAGUGUAGCCAUUUUGAAAAGAGUGUGACAGACUGAGCUGUAGUUUGAUAAUGCCAUGGUUUGUCCAUGCCUGACAGUUGUUGAACGAUUUUUAUCUCUAUUUAUUAGUCUGGAUGUCUAUGUCUAUGUUGAAGUGUUAAAGCAUAUAUGGAGUCGUGUCACUGGUUUGCUCAUUGCAAAUAUAGCACACAAACACGAAAGUAUUUGAAAAAAAAGGAUAUGAAUGGAUAUUAAGUACAAAAAUUCUUAGCUAUUUAAAAAAGGCUGAAUUUAGCUAUUGUGUGGAUUUUCUGGAAAGUAAUGCUGAAGUAUUUUGAAAUCCCAUCCGUUAACUAAGAAACGAUCUCUCCAUAUACUGCUUGUAAUUGUUAACAUGAGUAAGUUACACACUUGAUAAAGUUUUAAAUAACCUGGAUAUAUGACGACUUUGUUUAAAUGAAAGAAUGUAUUGUAUUUUAAAGAUUUUUGGGGAAAAUACAGAGUAGUUUUAUUCUUUUAAAAAAAGACACCUUAUAAUGUUUUCUAAUGGAUUAAUUUAAUCUUUUUCAAGUGUGUAACUUGAUGAGCCUUGAGGUGUAAUUUGCUUAUAUUCUUUGUGUGUGUAUGUCCUGAAGUGUAUGAAUUGAGUAUACUAGAUAAAUCAGAUAUAUUAACUCUU